UUUUCAUGUCAAACAUAUAAAAAGCGAUAUGUCAGAAAUAAUAAAGAAAUACGAAAAUAUUUUUAAAAUUUUGCACCAAGAUCAUUCUUAUUUUUUAGCCAGUCCAAGAGAAUGUAAUUCAAAAACAAAUCUUAAAAAAGAAAAAUAUAUUCCAAGGAUUUUUCUAGAAGAGGAUCGUUUAGCUGCUUUAAAAAUAAAAAAAUUCUUGUGUUCCGCAAGAGACAAGAGGAUAUACAAUAAAAUAAAAUCAACACUGUUUGAAUUUGUUCGUAAAAAUCCUAUAUGGAUUCUCAAGAGAUUGGACUACAUGUGUUAUACACUUUUUGAAAAAAAUAAUUAUGAACUUGUUUUUAGAUUGGCGGGGGAAUCAUUUCCCCCUCAUAUAGUUUACAAAGUAUUUAACCGUUUUUAUGCAAUUAGUUCAUUGAAUUCUUCCAUGUUGAACUCGAAAUUAAAAAUUCACAGCAAUAACACGAAAAAAACAUUGAAAUCAUGUGGCUAUCAAAACAUAUAUAACGAAUGGAAAGUUUGUUAUGUUUAUAAAAGAGAAAAAAAGGAAUUAAAAGAUCUAAGACUGAAAAAGAAUAAGAGUUCAAAAACGUGGAUAUCUGAAAAAUAUGGACCUUGAAUAUAAAUGCAAGGAAAUUUUAUAAUAUUUCACCUUUAUUUGUACGAAAAACACACUAUAUUUGAUGUUUUAUUUCUAUUAUUAUCAUCAUCAAAUAAAAGUUCAAUUGAAACUGUUACC